ACCAAUUUCAUUUGCGGCAUUUCUAUAAUUCCAUCCCAUGCCAUUCCUACUCUUCCCGCAAAGCCUUCUUAUUUCAUUCUCUUCCUUUUUAUCUGCCGUUGAAUCUCCUCCAGCUCUAUUGCACCAAAAAAAUUCAGAAAUUGAACAAAUUCUUUGAAACUUUCUUGUUCUGAUAAUAAUGGCAUCAUCGUCGAUUGGGAAUCCUGAUGCAAACUCAAAUCCGUCGCCGAAAAAGAGAAGAAAAAUCGGGGUGGAAACUCAGUCCCAAAUUCAUUCCCAUGAGAAGAGAUGGAAGACGGAGGCAGCGCAACAGAUCUAUUCAUCGAAGCUUGUCAAUGCUCUCUGCCACCUCCGCCGCCCUGAUUCCGCAACCGCUUCCGGCCACGCCGUCCGUGAGGCUGCCGAUCGUGUCCUCGCUAACUCUGCUAAAGGCCGGACUCGGUGGAGCAGGGCGAUCCUCACGGGUCGACUCAGCCUGCGACUCGCUCAGGUCAACAGGAAACACAAAAGAGCAUCAAAACCGAUGACCGGAAAUUCCCGGUUGAAGAAACCGGUGGUUAAGAAAAAACUGCCGCCUUUGCAAAGAAAAGUGCGGGUACUUGGCCGUUUAGUUCCUGGUUGCCGUAAUCUCUCAAUGCCGAACCUCCUUGAAGAAGCGACUGAUUAUAUUGCGGCUUUAGAAAUGCAGGUCAAAGUUAUGACUUCCCUCCUAAAUGGCCGUGGUGGUGGCGCCGGUUCAUCUGACCGGGUCAGCUCAGACCAGUCUUUUACGUCUUAGUAUUCUUGGAGGUGUUUUUUUUUUUUUUUUUU